AAUUGUUAUAACACGUUAAUGGUGAACUCGUAUUUCAUAAGUUUGUUCGCGUUGCACACCGAAUUGCCAACAGAAUUGACGGCCAAGUGAGAGUCAUAGUGGGGGUAAACGUAUAGGGGAAUCGGGAGUCAGCUCUUGCUCAUGAACUGGCUGUUAGACGCCUCUACUUUAGACGUUCGCCGGUAGUUCCUCGCUCACGCUUCGUCUUCAUCGACAAGACAAGAAGAACAACACAGUCUUUUCCUUUCGUAGAAAAGAGAUAGAGAGACAGAAAGAGGGGGGUAGAGAGCGUCGGUCAUCCCGACGUGAAAAUUCUGUGCUUCCAUUGGAACGACAGUGACUCCUUUUAACUGCGGGAUACGGGAUAGAAAAAAAGAAGAUGAUCCUUGGAUGGUACAGCGUCCUCCUCGCCACCCUCUUGGCUUUUCUAAUCUAUAUCGCUUUCUUCUGGAAAAUUAAUUGGAUCAGAGACUUGCGAUGUGAGAACAAAAUAAAAUACAGGAAGAUGGAAAAAUUGCCGCCAGUCUAUCCAAAUGGAUGGUUUGCUUUACUGGAAAGUUCACAACUGAAAGUGGGACAAGUGAAACACGUAUCAGCUCUUGGAGAAAAUUUUGCUGUAUUUAGGACCGAGAAGGGUAUCGUCAACAUUCUCGAUGCAUAUUGCCCACAUUUAGGGGCAAACAUGGGCGAGGGUGGACGCGUAAAAGGAGAAUGUUUAGAAUGUCCUUUCCAUAAAUGGCUCUUUUGUGGUAAUGAUGGUCGUUGCAUGGAUAUACCAUAUGCCAAUAAAGGUAAAGAAUUUCUUUUUAACUUUUUUUUAUUACAUAACAUACACAAAAUUGUUGACUUUGUUUCAGUACCGAAUGUUGCUAAAACAAAAGCAUGGAGAAGCUGCGAGGUGAAUAAAAUAAUUUUCGUUUGGUAUCAUGCGGAAUCGGCAAAACCAGAUUGGCAACCACAUCCCCAUGAGAAAAUUUCUAAUGGGACUUGGCGGUUUCAAGGUCGAAACGAAUUUAUCGUUAAUUGCCAUAUACAGGAUAUAGCAGAGAACGGUGCCGAUCUGGCACAUCUAAGCGCGGUCCAUGGACCAGCGUUGUUUCUCUCAGAGGACGUGAUGCGUUUCGUUCGUCACAGAUGGUCGAACGCAGGAUGGACACCGCAUUCGAGCGAAUCCAAUGAUGAUUCAUCUAAAACUCCGACGGAAAAAAACAUUCCAGAAGAAGAGACGAUGUGGGAGGGUGAUUUAACAAAGGAAACAUCAACAACCAAGACGACGAUUAACGGAGAUUCGAAGAAUAUGUUGAACGGUAGGACAACGAUGACGACGACGGCAACGGCGACAAUAGCAAACGGACAACAGAAUUCUUAUAAUGGAGAAAAGCAUAGAGCUAGUAUGACUCUUCGUCACAGUCUGUUGCUUCUCGAUCGAUUCGAUAUACUUGAGCUGAACGUGAAGGUCGAACAAAUCGGUCCAGGAUACGUCGAGUUAUUCGUCGAGACAACAUUCGGCAACAUGUUCAUCUUACAAACGGUGACACCGAUCGAACCAUUGUUACAACGUAUUUGUCACAUUAUAUUUUCUCCGCCAUUGUUGGCGCCCUAUGCCAGUAUCGUUUUUCUCGGUGAAUGUUUGAUGUUCGAGAGGGACGUUGCUAUUUGGAAUCACAAGAGAUUCGAAACACGACCUAUCCUAGUACGAGAGGAUAAGACCAUUGCCGCUUAUCGGAAAUGGUACUCUCAGUUCUACUCUACUAAUAGUCCUACUUAUCAGACGGCAAUGAAAAGUUUGCAGUGGUGACGUAAGGAAGUCAAUUAUUAUUAUCGUUUGAGAGCAAUCAUGCGAAGGACUCGAUGGACGAUAAAAGAACUCGGAUAUGUUGUUUUAUUUCCUUCUUCCUUUCCUUCAUUGUUACACAAUUAUUUGAUUGUUUAGAGAUUGUAUAGAGAGUAAAGUUACGUCCGUUUGAUAUAAAACUAUUACCGCGUUGAACGAGGAUUAUCGAGAACGUUUGAAAAUAUUUGGAAAGUAACGUUCUCUCCGGUAAGUAAUGUAUAUAAACUUAUAUCUCGGUUUAAGUUCGUAAGUGCAAUUUCCGAUAAUCACAUAUCUACGUGAAUACAUAGGUAUAGGUGGACACUACCUAGGCUAUAGAACUAG